UGCGCGCCGGCCGGAAUCCCCUCGCGCCAAGUAAAGCAAAGCAAAGCAAGGCUCAGUGCGCAAGCGUCCCUUUCCCUCCAUUAUUCCUUCCCCCCGUCUAUAUAACCCUCCGCACCUCGCGUCCCACACCGGCAACGGAGACGACGACGAGACGGCCGAGGAAACAGCCACACGCGCGCGCACGCCAAAGCCGCGGGUUUUCUGUAGAGCUCAUGUGACGCGACCAUGGCGAGCGGCGGCGCGGGGGGAUACUACCACGGCGACCGGUACGGCUACGGCUACUCGCGGCAGCAGGCCGCGCCGUCUCCGUCGUCGGCGGCGUCGUUCCACGUGUGCCUGUUCCUGGCCACGGCGUCCCUCCUGGGCGCCGCGUCCCUCUACUCGCACUGCGAGUCCGCCAUGGAGAGCCUCGUCGACCAGCUCCGGGUCGCCGUCGUGCUGUCCCCGUUCAUCCUCCUCCUCGCGGCGCAGUACUGGUCCGCGACCGGGCGGCGCUGGCGUUCGUCGUACUCGUCCUCGUCGUCAUCGCUGCUCGCGGCUCCGACGCCGGCCGUGUCGUGGGAGCAGCAGCCGCCCUGGUACGACCAGCGGCAGCGGGACGGCGGCGCAUCGUCGCCGUGGGGCGUGGCGCUGGCGCUGGCGCUCGUCCUGCUGCUCAUCUCCUACCAGUCGUGCUUCCAGUACUGGUGGUCCCCGGUCGUCCGCCGCCGCCGCUGAGCUCGUCGAUGGGAUCCGAUCGUUCGCGCGAAGCUAGGAACUAGGCACAGCAUUUGGUCACGUUCGGGCUAUGCUAUUGCUAGGCAAGGAAAUUAAAUUAUCGGCAGUUGGAAGAGCAGGAUUUUGCUGUCUAAACCGUCAGAUGCCUUAGCCGUCAGAAAACUACCACUAGUGGUAUUUGGAGUAUGUAAACUGUUGUGACAUAUAAAUAAUAAAGAGCAGUAUUCUUGCA